GAGUCUUUCAAAGCCAGAGCAGGAAUAAGUGCUCUUUCAACAGUACUGAUGUCUUGAACAAAAACUUAACUUGGAUCUAGGAAAAAGCUCUUAGUUUUCAGAAUGGAGGAAAAUUCUUCCAGUAGUGGAACAGAUUCCCUAAGCAGUGGAGAGAUUCCACGAAGUCGGUCAGAGGGGACUUUGAUUGAUGUGGAUGACCAGGCACCUUCAGACAGCUACAAUGUCAAUGAAAGUAAACUGGAUUUGGAUAUUGACUGGCCUGGUGUAUUCAAACAUGCCCAAGCUGUUUCCAAGACUAAUCCUUUCUGGAAUGAACUUUCAGGAUCCAACCCUUUUGUACAUGACAUAGCUGCUUCCAAUAGAAAUGAAAAUAAUAAACAUCUUUCUAUCAUAAAGGAAAAACCUUAUUUGUUCUCUAAAAUUUCUAGCAAUAGGGACUCUUUGGAUUCCUCAGGUGAUGAGCUAGAUAUUGAUUGUCUCCUAAGGAAGGCUUCAGCAAGAAGAUCUGGACGAUCCAAGAGUGUCUCUGACUUCCUGGAUAUAGUUGAUAACCUAAGAUUUAAUCCUCACAAGACAGCGCCUCAAAACAUUACAGCUUCUGAUAUGACAUGGCUUCAGAAUGACCGUGAAGCCUACAAGAUGGCCUGGCUGAGCCACCGACAGCUCACCCGCUCCUGCCUGGAUUUAGAAGCCAUGAGCCACAGCCCAGGAUGGGCUCAGACACAAGCUACAGACAUUCAUGUCGUUUGUAAACUGGAUCACGAAGGGGGUUCAGUACAGCUGCCCGACUCAGAUAUCAACAUUCAUGUCCCUGUGGGUCAUGUAUUACCAGGAGAAUUCCAAGAAGUCGGUUUAAAGGCUAUCCUUAACCCUCCAUUGUCAUGCAACAAUGAGCUGUCCAGCACAGUAAGUCCUCUGAUAGAACUUACACUGAGCAAUCUCAACACAAGCGAAGCCAUUUUCCUAGAAGUGAAAGUUGCAGCUAAAGUGAAGAAUGAUCCACUCAGCCAAGUUAUGAGUGAUAUUGUGUGUUUUUUUAGUCUCAACAAAGAAGGGCCUUUUAAGAAGCUAGAAAAUUGCUAUAUUUACCAAGAUACCAUACAAGUGAAGCUAACGGACCUAAGUCAUGUGAUGUAUGCAGUGAUUGCUGUACAAGCAAGCAAAAUCCAGCCUCCAGCAACUAAUGUGUGGGACUACGUCCAUAGAACAGUCUCAGUUGGAAUUUAUGGUCCCAAAUAUAUUCAUCCAUCUUUUACUGCAGUUUUUACAGUCUUUGGUCAUAACUACAUUCCGGGAAAACUCACGAUUUGUGAUAUAAAAAAAGGGGGGAAAAGUAUGCCUCCUGUGGUGUUUCAGCUGUGGGGGAAACAUACAUUUCUGCUUGAAAAACCGCAGGAUCUAAACAUUUCUUUGGUAUCCUGUGAUCCAGACUUCCAAAUAAAAAUGGAAGAUCAAAGCAGAAAUAUUAAAAAGGAGGAGUUGAAAACUGGGGAAAUGGUCCGCCAACAAUUCCUGUUUUCCAUGCUUGGAUGCAGGGAGAUGCAUUUCUUUGUUUUCCUUGUUCAGAUUAAAAUCUUGAAAAGUAGCCAAGUAACAGAGUUUCAUGUUACGACUCCUGAUCCAGCUCCAAAAUUAAGUGGAAUCAUUAAUAGGCCAAAGCGCCUACUAAACCGCAAAGAAAUCAAGUCUGCACCAUGGCUUUUGAUCCCAACAAUAAAAUAUCCAAAGUUUCAAGACAAAACUUUGAGUGUCAAUACUUACGGAGUGGCUUUGAAAACUGUGUUACGUCAAAAUAAGGUUGACUAUUUGCUGGAAUAUUUUAAAGGAGACACAAUAGCACUGCUUGGUGAAGACAAAGUUAAAGCCAUUGGACAAACUAAAAUGAAAGAGUGGUAUGUGGGAGUUCUCAGAAGAAAGAUUGGUCUUGUACAUUGCAAAAACGUAAAAGUGAUUUCCAAAGAACAAGCUAUGGACACUGCUGAUAGUGAGCUAACAACCAAGAAUCUUGUUGAACAAAUUGCAUUGCCAUUCAAGAAAUUGACUUAUAUCUACUCGGUAGUUCUGUCUACAGUCUCAGAGAGUGUUUAUGACUGGAGAGCUUUAGCUGAGGUGUUGGGAUACUCACAUAUGUCUUUGGAUGACUUCAAUGAGGCACAUGUUGAUAAAGAAUCAGAAAGAGUUGCACAUGUUGUGAAGAAGAUGAAGCAAGACUGCCACGCUAACAAAAAAAAAAGACUAUUUCUUUAUGAACUCAUCGUUGCACUUUUGAAAAUAGAUUGCCAGGGAUUAGUGGCACGUCUUACCCAGGACACCAUCGUCUUGACUUCAGCCGUCAAGCUUGGCAAAAGCUGGCGGGAGCUUGCAGAGAAGCUCGCCCGGCUCACAAAGCAGCAAAUAGAGGCUUAUGAAGUGCCCCACCAGGGCAGGAAUGGAGCAGUGGCUCUGGAGAUGAUGUGGAAACCUGCAUAUGACUUUCUCUAUACUUGGGCUGCCCAUUAUGGAGAUGGUUACAGGGACGUCUUACAAGACCUGCAAUCAGCCUUGGAUAAAAUGAAAAACCCAGUGACAAAGCAGUGGCGAGAGUUAACUGGAGCUCUCAUUCUUGUGAAUUGCAUGGAGGUGUUAAGAGCAAGCGCCUUCUCCAAAAUGGAGGAGGAGUAGAUGGCCAAAACAUGUUUUUGGAAAAUCUCUUAGGACAUUAUAUCCCUAUGUAGAGUUUAUUGGUGUACAUUUAUGUUUCAGUGGUACUUGUAGAGCAUGACAGAAUGAAGUUUGUUUUAACUGAGUUGAUGUUGGGUCUAGCCCUAUGGUUCUCAACUACAGAUUGCCAGAGCAUGCUAGUGGCUUCCCAGUAAAAAAGAAAAGAAUGGGGAAUUAAACUGAGGAGGUCAACAAAAAUGGUUUGUAUUCUAUGGCAUAUUUUCUAAAAGGAGCUGUUUCUGAUUGCACUGACUUCUAGGCAGGGAUCAUUUUUAAAAACAGAACUAUUCAUGAAUGAGUUCAGCACGUAGAGCCUAAGUUUACAUUGUUUUCAGUGAAGUAUUAAAAUCUAAAUAUUUAAUACAUUUAAUAUUUGGUGCUCAAACCCUUCAAAUCUAAUUCAAUGGGUGCAGGUUGGCCUAUAAAAAAAACUUUAAGAUUCUUUCAUUCUCAUCUGGGACAAAACUAAUCUAAUUGUCUCACAACACAAGAAUUCAACAGUUCUGGGAAAAAUAGGUGUGUGCUGCACACACUCAAAAAUAGGUGUGCUGCACUUUUCCAAAACAGCUUCUGGUACCUAUUUAAAAGAGUGGAAGAGAGACUAAAGAUAAAAUCUCAAAAGUGUUUGUUUUUGAUUUAUUUGUUGAUGUAACUC